ACACACACACACACACACACACACGUGAUUUUCAAGGCCGCGACUGUUUACGACGACGUCAGGGAAUGACCCUUACUAGCUAGCCCUGCCUGGCCUGGAUAGUGAGUGCUACCGGCUCGAAAUACGCGCUGCUUGGUAGCAUUUGGCUGGCGCCUACGACUGACGGCCAUCGCCUUUCGCAGGGAACUGACCCCAUCUGUUGACGUGUCAUGCGUAUUUCUCUACUGAUUAUCGGAUUUAACUGCGUCAGAACCUCGUCAUUUCACCGAACGUGUUGACAUUAUAAGGUGAGUCAAGAUGCCUUCGUUUACAGUGUCUAGUUCGGGGCAAUUGGAUAAGACUGUGUUGCAUAAGUAUUUAUCUCUGGAGCAGCAUAGUGCAGUGCAGUGCAUGUACAUCUGGAUAGAUGGCACGGGGGAGGCCAUGAGAGCUAAAACAAAAACAGUCAUGCAGGAGCCAAAGAGCCCUAAAGAGUUGCCCAUUUGGAAUUUUGAUGGCUCCAGUACUUACCAGGCUGAGGGAAGUAACAGUGAUGUAUACCUCUAUCCUGUUGCAAUUUACCAGGAUCCAUUCCGUGCUGGCAAUAACAAAUUGGUGCUCUGUGAAACUUACAAGUAUAAUAAGAAGCCCACAGACACCAACCGCAGGCACACCAGUGUUGUAGUCAUGGAGAAAGCAAAGGACGCUCAUCCUUGGUUUGGCAUUGAGCAAGAGUACACCUUGCUCGACAUCGAUAGUCACCCUCUCGGCUGGCCUAAAAACGGGUUCCCUGGACCUCAGGGACCAUACUACUGCGGUGUUGGUGCAGACAAAGUAAAUGGUAGAGACGUCGUUGAGGCGCACUACCGGGCUUGCAUGCAUGCUGGCAUAAAUAUUUCCGGCACAAAUGCAGAAGUCAUGCCAGCUCAGUGGGAGUUUCAAGUCGGUCCCUGUGAGGGCAUCUCGAUGGGGGAUGAACUGUGGGCGGCUCGAUUCCUGCUGCACCGGACUAGCGAGGAUUUCGGCGUUGUAGCUUCCUUGGACCCUAAGCCAAUGGAGGGUGACUGGAAUGGGGCGGGAGCACAUUGCAACUACAGCACUCAAGCUAUGAGGGAACCGGGUGGCAUUGGGGCCAUCGAGGUAGCGAUAGAGAAGCUGUCGCAUCACCACGUGCGCCACAUCAAGGCGUACGACCCGAAGGAGGGCAAAGACAACGAGCGCCGACUGACCGGUGCCCACGAGACGUCCAGCAUCCACGACUUCAGUGCCGGCGUUGCUAACCGUGGCUGCAGCAUCCGCAUCCCGCGCAACGUCGUCGAGGAUGGUUGUGGUUAUCUGGAGGAUCGCCGUCCCUCCUCCAAUUGUGACCCAUACGCUGUUACGGAGGUGAUAGUCAGGACAACAGUGCUUGAAGACUAGAUGUGUUGUUACGGCUAACAACAACUAUAACCGUCGUGCAUGGUGUGGGCUUUUACCUUUUCAAUACACACACACACACACACACACGCAAGCACGCCGCAUGCACGCAUGCA